CUCACGGGUGACCCGGUUUGGGUUGAUCAGCAGCCCCUUUCCAGGGAAAAGCUGCAAGAUUUACAGACUGUGGUGGAAGAGCAACUCGUGGCAGGACAUAUCAUCCCUUCCACCAGCCCAUGGAAUUCACUUGUCAUUCGUAAGAAGAGCGGAAAGUGGCGUCUGCUGCAUUAUUUACGGCGCAUCAAUGCCAUCAUUGAGGACAUGGGGCCUCUACAGCCAGGCCUCCCAUCUCCUAUGAUGAUCCCACAGAAUUGGGCAUUGACAGUCAUGGACCUAAAGGAUUGUUUUUUCACUAUUCCUUUGUGCCCCCAAGAUGCACCGAGGUUUGCUUUCUCAGUUCCCUCCCUCAACAUUGCAGAACCACAACGUUGCUAUCACUGGACUGUGUUGCCCCAGGGAAUGAAAACCAGCCCCACCAUUUGUCAGGCCUAUGCAAAUGCAUUAUCUCCAGUUCGCCAGCAGUAUCCCCAGGCCAUAGUGUAUCACUACAUGGAUGACAUUCUGGUAGCCGCCCCGACGAUUGACUCCAUGAGCGAGGCAGUGGCGCUGGGCAAAUAUUUCAUCAUGCAUGCGCGGUCCCAUACUAACCUUCCAGGCCCCAUUGCCGAAGGCAAUGCACAGGCGGAUCUGGUGGUGGGCCCGGUUGUGGUCCCAAACACAUUUGAGCAAGCUUGUUUGUCACAUGAAGUUUUUCAUCAAAAUGCUAAGGCAUUAGCUCAUAUGUUUUCCAUAUCCAAGGAACAGGCUCAAGCCAUUGUUGCCCCCUGUCCAGACUGCCAGCAAGUGACGCCGGCUGUCCCCGUUGGCAUUAAUCCCCGAGGCAAGCGAGCUAGAGAUGUAGUUUGGCAUCUAAUGGCUGCCUUUGUGGCGCUGGGUGUCCUGCAGCGCGUAAAGACCGAUAAUGGUCCUGGCUAUACGUCCUGUCAGACGGCACGCUUUUUCCAG